AUGCCAACGGAAUCACUGGAUUCUCAGUCAUUGAGCAUCUUGUCCGCCAGCCAAAAAAUAAUAGUAUCUCCCGAUGCCUCUUCAGGUUCGCGUAAACGACUGGUCAAGAACGGGACCGAGAUUGUUGUGAUUUCUAGAAACCCUUUUCCCAAUGCCUGGAUUAAACCAAGAGUCAAGGUUUUAGCCAUUGGCUUCCUGGACCCAGUCGAGAGCAUCACUGCCAUGCCGAAGGAGUACUGUUCCGAUGUAACAUAUGCGUUUUCUUCACAUGUUACAUCCACAACGACAACUUCAAGGUCCUGA